AUGUCUACGCCCAGUCAACGCAACGCCGGCACCCCCUCUAGCAUCAUAUUCCAAAGCAGCCUCCACAAUCGCAGCGUCGUCCUGCUCGAUAUCCCGCGUUCCCUGGAGGAGGCGCAAGUGCCGCCGGGCCAGCAGCCUCCGCGCCGGGUCUACUGCCGCCCGCCGCCCCGGGAUCCCUUCCCGACGCCGGAUCCACGACGACAUGGCCGCCGUCGCCGUGGCAGCCGCGCGCCCGACUGGCCGGCCCAAGCCCCCGCCGCCCAGAUCAACGACUUGAUGACGGCGGCGUCGGUGCGAAGCGCGCUGCUGUUCCUCCGCGACAACCACCCGGGACCCUACCAUCUCCCCAGAGUCUGCGCCCCCGACAACCAAGACAACCAAGACGACCCCGGCAACAGCACCACCAUCCCCGUCCCCAACGCCACUGCCUUGCACGGAUCCAUCGCCCAACUUGGACGGGAGUUCCUCGAGACGGCGCCCGCCUUCAAGCUCGUCGUCCUCGAUCCCCCGUGGCCCAACCGCUCGGCCAGGAGGCGGGCUGGAAACUAUGCCACCGUGAUGAACCUCGCUGAGAUGAAGGCACUGCUGACGAGCAUCCCCAUAGCGGCGCGCUUGGCCAGCGACGGCCUCGUCGCAGUCUGGAUCACCAACAAGACCGACAUUCCCGAGCUCCUAACGCGCCCCGGGGGAGUGUUCGCUUCAUGGGGUGUGGAACUGGUCUGCGAAUGGACCUGGCUGAAAAUCACGAGCUUGGGGGAACCCGUGUUCGAUGUCGAUUCGACGUGGAGGAAGCCGUGGGAAAAGAUGCUCGUGGCGAAGCGCAUCGGCGCUCCGGCCCCGGCUUUGCUCCGGCCCAAAGUCAUUGUUGCGGCGCCGGAUGUUCAUUCCAGAAAACCCAGCCUGCGAGGCUUGUUUGAGGAAAUUCUCGGCGAAAGCUAUCCCGCGUUGGAGGUAUUUGCCCGCAACCUGACCGCUGGCUGGUGGAGCUGGGGAGACCAAGUCUUGCAGUUCCAGGGCGAGCGAUACUGGCAGCAAAAGGAGCCCAAAGCGACAUCACGGGCUGGUCCUUGA